GUGCCAAGGUCUUUGUGGCUAGGCUGCUCCAACCUGGUAGAGAGCAUGUGCGCACUGAGAUGCCUGCAGAGCAUGCCCAGUGUCAGAUGUCUCCAGAACACGUCAGUAAUGGAGGAUCAGAAUGAAGAUGAGUCUCCAAAGAAAAAUACCCUAUGGCAGAUAAGUAAUGGAACUUCAUCUGUGAUUGUCUCAAGAAAAAGACCAUCGGAAGGAAACUACGAAAAGGAAAAAGACUUGUGUAUUAAAUAUUUUGACCAGUGGUCUGAAUCAGAUCAAGUUGAAUUUGUGGAACACCUUAUUUCACGAAUGUGUCACUAUCAGCAUGGACAUAUUAACUCUUACCUGAAGCCCAUGUUACAACGGGACUUCAUCACUGCGUUACCAGAGCAAGGCUUAGAUCACAUAGCAGAAAACAUCCUCUCCUACCUUGAUGCCAGAUCGCUCUGUGCAGCAGAGCUGGUGUGUAAGGAAUGGCAGAGAGUCAUCUCUGAGGGAAUGCUAUGGAAAAAACUGAUUGAAAGAAUGGUACGCACAGAUCCGCUGUGGAAGGGGCUGUCAGAAAGAAGGGGUUGGGAUCAGUACCUGUUUAAAAACAGACCAACAGAUGGCCCCCCAAAUUCCUUUUACAGGUCCUUAUACCCAAAAAUAAUACAGGAUAUAGAGACUAUAGAAUCUAACUGGCGAUGCGGGCGACAUAAUUUGCAGAGGAUCCAGUGCCGCUCCGAGAACAGCAAAGGUGUCUACUGUUUGCAGUAUGAUGAUGAAAAGAUUAUCAGUGGCCUACGAGACAACUCCAUUAAGAUUUGGGACAAAACAAGCUUGGAAUGUUUGAAAGUAUUAACAGGACAUACCGGCUCAGUUUUGUGUCUGCAGUAUGAUGAAAGAGUCAUUGUAACUGGAUCUUCAGAUUCUACAGUGAGAGUUUGGGAUGUAAAUACAGGCGAAGUGCUGAACACGUUGAUUCAUCACAACGAGGCAGUGCUUCAUCUGAGGUUCAGCAACGGCUUGAUGGUGACGUGCUCGAAGGACAGAUCCAUUGCUGUUUGGGACAUGGCGUCACCCACUGACAUCACCCUGCGCCGGGUCUUGGUGGGCCAUCGCGCUGCCGUCAACGUCGUGGACUUUGACGACAAGUACAUCGUGUCGGCCUCGGGUGACAGGACCAUUAAAGUCUGGAGCACGAGCACGUGCGAGUUUGUUCGCACGCUGAACGGGCACAAGCGCGGCAUCGCCUGCCUCCAGUACAGGGACCGUCUGGUCGUCAGCGGGUCUUCGGACAACACCAUCAGGCUAUGGGACAUUGAAUGUGGUGCCUGUUUAAGAGUAUUAGAGGGCCAUGAAGAACUGGUUCGGUGCAUCAGGUUCGACAAUAAGAGGAUUGUUAGUGGAGCCUAUGAUGGCAAAAUUAAAGUUUGGGACUUGCAAGCUGCUCUUGACCCUCGUGCCCCAGCAAGUACAUUAUGCUUGCGUACAUUAGUGGAACAUUCAGGACGUGUCUUCAGACUGCAGUUUGAUGAAUUCCAGAUCAUUAGUAGUUCCCACGAUGAUACAAUUCUGAUUUGGGAUUUCUUAAAUGUGCCACCCAGUGCCCAGAAUGAGACCCGCUCUCCAUCUAGAACAUACACUUACAUCUCCAGAUAACAGUCUGCACUUUACUGCCCUCAGAAGGGUGUCACAGUCUUGAACUACUGGAUUUUUGGCUACUCCAUGCCUGAAGAUAUUGAUUGACAGCUAAAGGCAGAAUUGGUUCUAGAUGCUGUGUAGAUGCAAAGCAGCACAACUCUAUAUCUAAAUUUCUUAUCUUUCCUGCUCUCAGUGGUCGUCUCUGAAUUUACUACAAAUUCACUGACUUCGAGUAGAUGAAUUUCAGAAGCCUAUCCUUCCCUGCAGUGAGAAAUCCAAAGCUUCACAUGUAAAUUGUCCGUAGAAACUGAACUCCGAUGGCUUGUUUUUCAGAAAUAAAUCAGAAGUCAAGAAAGGACUUGGCCUAAUUUAUAUUGCUUUGCACUUUUGUCUGACUUAAAAAAAAACA